GGGAUGAUCCUAAAUAUUUUAAUACUCAACUUGCCUAAUAUACCGCUGAUGUGAAUAAUCACGAACGGAGUUAAAUAACGGCACGACAUGAUUUUAACGUCCGGCGUCUGUCCAGCGUUACGACAACUGAAGUUGUGUUGCCAUGCCGUAAAACACUUUCGUCCGACCUGCCAGUGAAGAGAGACAGAAGGCCUUAAAGCUUAAAUAUUUGUAGACGAUGAAAGCAGGAUUAUCGAAACGCACUUUCAUUUUAUAGACAGUAUUAUAGUCUUUCUCACAAUGAUCAUAGAGAAUGUUGAAGCCCUGAAGUCAUGGCUGGCAAAACUCCUGGAACCGAUUUGUGAUGCUGACCCCUCCGCAUUAGCCAACUAUGUGGUGGCUCUUGUGAAGAAGGACAAACCGGAGAAAGAUCUGAAGGCACUGUGUGCUGACCAGCUUGACGUCUUCCUACAAAAAGAGACAACGGGGUUUGUCGAUAAACUCUUUGAAAGUCUGACAACCAAGAACUACCUUGGGAAUCCCGCUGCCAAGGAAGUACCGAAAGAAGAAGUCAAACCACCUGCAGUGAAAGCUGAGGCCGUGGAGGCUGAAACUCUAGAGGAAGAGAGAGAAAACAGGCGGAGAAGAAGUCCUCUGAGAAACCGCCCUGAAUUCAACGAUGCCAGGGGCCGCGAUGACAGGAGGCGAGAUGAGCGCAAGCGCCGCGACUUUGACCGCCACGGGAAGAGUGGAAGCGAAUCCAACCGCGAGCGGGAGCGCCACGAGCGCCGCCCCCGUGGGAGGAGCUACAGCCGCAGCCUCAGCCGCAGCAGGAGCGGCAGCCGAGGAAAGAGCAGGGACCGGGAGCACAGAGGAGGCAGAGACUUCAAGUCAAAGUUUGAGCUGGAACGGAAGGAUACGGACUGCUACAACUCUUCCAACACCUCCGGCUCGCAGCAGCAGCAGCAGCAGCAGCAGCACCCGCCGCCUCUCCUGCCCACACCUCCGCACCAGUUUUCUUCCACGUCGUCCGCUGGAGUCUCGGGCGCUGGAGGGGUUCCCAUAGUGACGCCGGCUCACCUGCCCGACAGCACCACAGACAGCUGGUCCGGCUACUAUGGCACCCAGCGGCAGGACGGGGUCGGCAAGCCAUUCGGCAGCAAGAGCGUUUCGCUCAAACAGCGCUGCAGGGAUUACGAUGAAAAGGGAUUUUGUGUUCGCGGUGACCUUUGUCCGUUCGACCACGGAAACGACCCACUCAUCGUGGACGAUGUCAAUCUACCCAACAUGAUUCCCUUCCCUCCUCCGCCUGUCAUGCCCCCUACUGGGCUGCCCAGGCCCCCGAUCACUGAGCCACCCCCUCCUCUCAGGAUGCCUGCGAUGCCCCCUUUUGGCCAGCCUCCCCCACCAGGUGUCUUCCCCAUGAGUGGACCCCCACUGAUAGCAACUAGUGGCAUUGAUGCUCCCAACCACCAAGCGGCAAUCACUUCUUCCCCUCCUAUCGGACCACCCGGUCUGGGGCGGCCGCCUCCUCUUCCUCCUCCACCUCAACCCUCCCCGUCCUCAUCAGUGUCUCUUCAUCCCCAAUAUGUCCAGUCCGAAUAUAAUUACGAUCCAGAGGGCUAUAACCCAGAAUCGCCAGGCCUAACUGCAGCAGGUCGUAACCCGUACCGUCAGUUCAUCCCCCGGGUGCAGACCCAGCGCUCCAACCUCAUCGGCCUCACCUCCAACGAAGGACAAGGAUCCAGAGCCGCGAACAUAGUGAUACAGACAGAACCUGCCAUUGCAGCCAACACUCCAGGAAAUAACGUGUGCCGCUUCAACACUGAGCAGGACAACAGGAAGAGGACCAUUGGACCUAGUACGGCUGAGGGACCAAUAGUUAAAAAACCCUGGAUGGAGAAGCCGAACUUUAACAACCAACAUAAGAACCCUUUUCCCAAGAGGUAUUAUUAUGUGAACACCAAGUUGGAGGUACGCAAGAUCCCUCGUGACCUCAACAACAUCGCCAAGCUCAACGAGCACUUCAGCAAGUUUGGAACAAUCGUCAACAUCCAGGUGGUGUUUGGCGGAGACCCCGAGGCGGCGUUGAUCCAGUACACCAAGAACGAAGAAGCCAGGCGGGCCAUAUCCAGCAUCGAGGCGGUCCUCAACAACCGCUUCAUCCGCGUGUAUUGGCACCGCGAGCCCGGCACCAACGCCACGGGGCUUCAGGAGCAGAGUUCCGGCAGCCAGUCGGCCGGGUCGCCGGCCAGCCCAGCGCUGCAGCAGCAGCAGCAGCAGCAGCAGCAGCACGGCAACAUGCACAAGCAGGGGAUAAAGCAGCACAGUCCAGCCGCCUACGUGUUUAACAAGACGGUGCCCAAGCAUCGCGUGCCGGCAUUGCCGGGGCUCACGGCCGGGACCAGGCUGGACAGCCUGAACCCAAACGCCGACGCAGUCACUGUGGCGCCUGCACUGACUAACCCCCAGAAGAGCCCGUACACUUCCACAGCCCUCAAAUCCUCCUCAAAGAGCUUUGGGAAAACGGGAAAAGCACUAGAAGCACAGGAAGUCCUCAAGAAGAAACAGGAGGCGAUAAAACUCCAGCAGGACAUGAGAAGGAAGAAGCAAGAGAUGUUAAAGACUCAGAUGGAGUGCCAGAAGGCCUUGAUAAACCGGCUGGACAAGAACCGAGGGAUGAAGCCGGAGGAGCGGGCCAACAUCAUGAAGACGCUAAAGGAGCUGACGGAGAAGAUCGCACAGCUGCAGAAUGAAAUGAACCCCGCCUCCCAGGUAUCCAGUGUUAAACCGAACCACGGCCAGUCCAAGACAAAGACUGAUGCCCAAAAGGAAUUGCUGGAUGCUGAGCUGGACUUUCACAAGAAGAUGAGCUCUGGAGAGGAUACAACAGACCUCAAGAGGAAACUGGGACAGUUACAGGUCGAGGCCACUCGGUUGGGUCUGAUCCGGUCCCCGGCGGGUCGAGGUCGGGGCCGGGGCAAGAUGGCGCUGGAGCCCGGCCUGGUGCACGUGGGCCGCGGGAGGGGGCGAAGUCGGGAGAUGAUGGCUCGGGGUGGGACCGUGAACCGUAUGGUGGUGGACCACAGACCCAGGGCCCUGGCCAUUUUGGGUGUCACUCAGGAGGAGAAGGAGGAGCUUAUGCCCCACUUUGUGAAUUUUGGCGAGAUUGAAGAUUUCCGCGACCAAGACGCAAACAGUGUUGUCAUGACCUUUAAGACGAGAAGCGAAGCAGAGAAUGCUGCUAACCAGGGAGCAAAGUUCAAGGGUCGCGUGCUGCAGAUUUCCUGGUACAAGCCGAAGACGCCUUCCGCCGCAACGGAGCCGGAGGAGGAGGAGGCGAAAGAUGACGAGAACCCGAAGGAAGCUAGCUCUUAUUUGCCCGGCGAGGAAGAGGAGGAGGAGGAAGAGGACGACGACGAGGACGACGAGUACGAGAGCCGGUCCUGGAGACGAUGAGGCCGCUGUGAGGCGUCUCGGGUCGCUCUGCCGCAGAAUCGGGCCUUUUCUUUCCCCACGUACCCAUCAAUCCAAUAGACUUUUUUUUUUUCUCCCCCUUUCCAGUAUUUUCAGAGUGAAUCAUUUUAGAGCAUAUACUAAAGUCAAAACAUCUUUACUUGACUGUACAUGAGAAGAACUUUUGAGGGCCGGCAGUUUUUGUAUCCCUCGGACUGAACACUUAAAAUGUCUCACUUUUGCUGAGAAAGAUAAAUGUUAAGUUGUUCUUAUAGAUAGAAACACCUCUAAGUUUCAGUGUGCAUACCAGAUGAUUAAUAUCAGUAAUGCACAACAUUUGUGUCUACUGUGAAUAGGUAUUUUUAUACGUACUGUAUUUAAACUUUUUUUUUUUUUUUUUCCUCACCACUUUUUUUUUAAAGAUCUUCCGUUCCGAGUCAGCCAUUCCUCCCCCCGAUACAACGUUCUCCGCGGCUCCCCGUCAGCUCUUUA